AUGGCGCUGCACAAUUAUAUCUACCUAAAACACAAGGGCCACGAUCCAAGUUGUCACAAGUUGAUCGCCAGAGACCACGAUGCCAGGCCUAGCCCGACACGCAGCACGCAAGCUAGUGCUGCAGGCCCUGCCGACUCGAUCAAAACGGCGAGCGACGUAAUACGAGCACCUACUUCUGCCAACCCGAAGUGA